AUGAAAAUUCAGUUUGACUGCCGACACCGGAUUAGAGCAGGAACCGAGGAAACAGGAGACGGCGGCUGGGAGGUGUGCCUUGACCCGCCAUACAAUAUGAAACCGGGGAAAUGUUUAGUCUACUCCUUUGGGAUCAGCUACAAAUGGUCGUUUGACGAUUACAUGGACCAAGAAAAGAAGUGUGAAGUUCAUGCAUUCGAUCCAAGCAUUGGACAAGAUGACUUCAAUCGCUCCGCAAAUAUCCAUUUCCAUAAUCUAGGAUUAGGCGGAAAGAACUGGACCAAUGCUAAGAAAUGGAAAAUGUACACGCUUGGAUCCAUUGUGCGACUUCUGGGACAUAAAGAUCGAACACUCGACUACCUGAAAAUCGACAUCGAAAAGAGCGAAUGGUCAAGUUUAGAGGCAAUGUACCAGGAGGGCGUACUGGCACAAGUCAAACAGCUUGGAAUCGAGUUCCAUGACGUACCGAGCAACAGAAAGAGAGUUUCUAUCAUUAACAGACUGUACGAGCUCGGCUUUAGGAUAUAUUACACCAAACAAAACUUCUUUCAGCGGAAAAGGUCUCGACUCACAAGGCGAACCGUAUACGGAUGCAUGGAGUCACAUUUUGUGAAUAUCAACUUUUAUAAGAGGAAUAAAAAGAGAUGAUAUCUUCAUUUCUGUAAAUGAGUCUAUACAUAAACGAGAUUUGACAGGACAUCUGUGACACGUGUACAGCACUAGGACAAGGGUCCAACUGGUCCAUUUUUCGCUUAAGGGGUCAUCUCUGAUUCUCUCGCUAAAUGCAAUCAGUUUAACAGAAUAACACACCUCCUGUUUCUAACGUACGCGUGAAAUCACUACCCUUUGAUAUCAGAAACUUCUAAAAUACAAAACAAAAUUAAAGUAUGCCCUACGACCCUUUUGUAAGACACUGCUAACGAACCCUGUGGUUGGAAUAUAUAAUCACAGUUCUGUUGUGGACGGUUGGCUUGAGCUAACUCAUACACACACACAAUAAUAAUACGAAGACCAAACGUCUAG